GUUGUAGUUUUGGGGGGAAAAUUGAAGUGAAGAGACACAACGCUUGAACCAACACCUGCAAUUUGGAAAUCCAUGUCUUCAAUCUUUGAUUCUCCGGCCGGUAGGUUUUACCUUUCAGUUUAGUUUCUUCUUAAGCGAUGAUCGAAGAUGAAAAUUCUGGCAUCACCGAGGAAGAAAGGGAUCGAAUCUCCCGCAAUUUCAGAGCUGCCAAAGCUCUUCUUGCUCGUAAACGCCCUCGCCUCUUGCACUCCCAUCAGCCAAUUUCUCAGCGUUCUAAUCGUAUCCAUUCUGCUAAUCUACUUCCUAUCAGCUCCAGGGUUUCGGAUUUAAAUGCAACUGAUGCCCCGGUUUGUGAUAAUGGUGCAAAGAGGGUUCCAUUGUCCGAGAUUUCGGGGAACACUCCGCUAUCGAAGUCAUUUGCUAUUGCAAUUGACGCUACUUCAAAGGAGUUGGGAUUAGAUUGUUUCAAGACUCCUUUAAAAAGUUCUGAAUGUUCUAGUACAAGAAAUUCUUUCUCGGCUCCAAGUAUUCUGGAUGAUGAUUUUGAUGAGUCCACUUUAGAGGAAAUCGAUGCUCUCUGCGAGCAGAACUCAUCUGCUAGAGCAGAAAGGGACUGUUCACAUUCCAUCUUCCAUGCGGGAAAUCAGGAUAAUGGUAGCUAUAACGAUGAUCCUAGUGUAGAUUUGGAGUCUGUAAAUGGUAGCGAAAGUAGCGAAAACAAAGGCUUGUUGUGUUCUUCGGACGCCUUGGAAUUAAGAGCAGAGUGGAUCAACUCUGACUCUGCAACUAAGAAGAUCGGGGCCAUGCCAGCAGAGUAUGCAAAAUAUCUGUUGUCUCUCAAUGACAGACAACAAGAAGCAGCUUGUAGUGAUAUUUCGAUCCCGUUAAUGAUUCUUGCCGGUCCGGGAAGUGGAAAGACUUCCACCAUGGUCGGUCGAGUUCUGAUGCUGCUUAGCGAGGGUAUAGGCCCAGCAAAUAUUUUGGCAAUGACUUUCACUACUGCAGCUGCUUCGGAAAUGAGAGAUCGCGUUGGUGCAGUGACUGGGAAGAAAAUGGCAAAAGAACUUGUGAUUAGCACAUUUCAUUCAUUUUCAUUGCAACUUUGUCGUUUACAUGCAGAAAAGUUAGAGCGCACUUCGGAUUUUUCAAUAUAUGGACAUGGGCAGCAAAGGAGGGCAAUCAUUGAGGCUGUGCGUCUAUUGGAAAACGAAAAAAGUAAACAAAAAGUAGACUCCAACAUACUUGAUGAUGCUUCUAAGGAUGUUGCUCCGUUGCAUUUGAAGGAUAAGUCAAAGAAAUGGCAAACUUUUGUCCCUAAGGCUAAAGCUUGUGGAACUACUUCUGAAGAACUACGUACAAAGGGUGAUGAGAUAGGAGCUGCAGUUCUUGACAACUACAAUGAAAUUUUGAAAUCUUGUAAUGCCCUGGACUACCACGACUUAAUAGGCUGUUCCUUGAAGCUGCUUACUGAUUUUCCUGAAGUAUACAAGGAGUGUCAAGAUUCAUGGAAAGCCAUUAUUAUUGAUGAGUUUCAAGAUACAAGUUCCAUGCAAUACAAGCUUCUUCAGAUUCUUGCAUCCAAUAGGCAGAUAACUAUAGUUGGUGACGAUGAUCAGUCCAUAUUCAGUUUCAAUGGAGCUGAUAUCUCCGGAUUUGACUCUUUCCGUAAAGACUUUCCAACUUACAAAGAGAUCAGACUCAAUAAAAACUAUCGAUCCACAGGCUGUAUUAUUGAUGCUGCUUCUUCUCUGAUACGAAAUAAUAAAAAAAGAUGCCCUUUUAAGGAUGUUCGAACUGAUAAUUUAACUGGAUCUAAGAUUACAAUUAAAGAAUGCAAUAAUGAGGCUGCUCAAUGUGCAUUUGUUAUUGACAAGAUCAUGGAAAGCACUUCAAAUUGUUCAGCUUCCAAAGGCUUUGGGAGCUUUGCAGUUCUUUACCGGAGGCAGAUAUCAGGAAAAGUAUUUCAAACAGCUUUCCGUGAAAGAAAAAUACCAUUUAAUGUUCAUGGUGUGGCCUUCUACCGAAAAAAGGUAGUGAAAACCAUUAUGGCUCUACUUAAAACAACAUUUCCUGAUUGUGAUGAUGGUGCUUAUCGUCAAGCUUUCAAGGCUCUAAUUCCUUUUGAGAAAGAGGAAAAGAAGAGGAUAAUUAAUCACAUCGACAAAAUUUCAACGGUAAGAAAGUGCCCAUUUAUUACUGCUGCUAGGGACAUCUUCAACUCCAAGAUUUCUGGAACCUUAAAGAGGAGUCAACUUAACCAAGGGCGUAAGGUGCUGUCUACAUUAGACAUGGUGUCAAGACUUGUUCUAAGGGAACAAUCAAUAUCAACUGUUAUAACCUCUGUGUCUAACAUGUUACCUGAGAAGUACCUUCUGGAGCAACAGGCAGUUACUAAUGUUGAUGGGGGAAAAUUGCUGAACGAAGACAAUGAUAUCAGAUCAGUUCUUCAGUAUUUAUUGGAUGAUGUCUCCAAUUUUUUGUCAAGUCAUUUUACUGUGGAAGAAGGGAAGACAGAGAUUGUAGAAAGUGAGCCAGGUUGUCUUAAUGCUCUGAAAGCUUUUGUUGACCAUGUAUCUGAGAGGGAAAAGGCAAAUUUCUGCUCUCGCCGUCUUGACAAUAAAAACUCUGUCACUUUAACGACCAUUCACCAGUCAAAAGGCUUGGAGUGGGAUGUUGUCUUCAUAAUUAAGGCCAAUGAAUCAGAGAUUCCUCUCUUGCAUGAAUCCAGGGGCAUUACAAUGGAAAAUGGAAACUCAAUUGAGGAAGAACGACGCUUACUAUAUGUUGCGAUGACUCGUGCUCGAGAGAAAAUCUUUAUAUUGUAUGUCUUGAUGGACUCAGAUUGGCAGAUACUCCAACCUUCAAGAUUUCUCAAAGAAAUUCCUGAUCAUCUUCGAGAGAUACAGGCUGAAGUUAGUGUCCAACACUUCCAAAAGAAGCACCAUGAUGUUCUAAAACAGAACAUGCACAUACCUCUCGAAAAACCUGUAUCAGAUGAUUUGGAUGCUGCGUUAAACAAUCCUGCUAAAGAUCAAAUCGACAUUAGAGACUCCGAAGAACCUUUAGAGACGACUAAUGGGAAUCAUUUCCUAAAAAGAUUUGAUGUGGAUAACAGAGCAAUUAUUUCCCAUUUAUUUCAUCAGUGGGCCAAGAAAAAGGCCUUUCAAGAUCCUAAGAGGUUAAUUGAUAAGGUUGGAUUUGUAAUUGAUGAACGGCUGAGAGUGAAUAAAUGCAAAUCGAAGGAAGUCUUGCGUACACUGAAGUCAUCAUUGACUAGCGAUGAAGCACUUCAGUAUGCUGAAUAUGUUUUGAGAUGGGAACAGAUCCCUGCGGAUAAGCGUGCUCUCUUGAUGCAGGAAAAACAGGAGCAUUUCCUGAAAUUAAGGAUUGAAAAUGCAAUGGGUUCCUCAGCACCUUCAGCAAAACAGAUUUCUUAUUUGCGUAAUUUGGGAUGUACUAUUACUCCUACGUCCCGUCUCCAUGCGUCGUCUUUGAUCGAGCAAUACAAAUCACUAUGAUUAGCUAGAGAAAGGUGCACAGUGUACAAGGUCAGGAAUAGGUGAAUAAGCGGAAAAACACACCAUACAAGGAAAGAAAUGCUCUUGAUCUCCUAUAAAGCCAAUCAUCGGCGAAGUCAUGGGACAACAAAGCUCGACAAAAGUCUAAUGUUUUGCCUAUGGACUAGAAAGCUCUUGGAAUCUCUUUUUCUAAAAGUCUUUAAGUGUAACCUUACAAGAUUACGAGUUAGAUGAAGAACAUUUUGGACCCUAACGGCUUUAGGUCCUUGUUUGUUUUAUGUAAUGCAA